UGGCUGGAAGGAUUGGCGUCAAUUAGAUUAAAUGUAAAACGCAAAAUCGCUGGAAUGAUUGGCAGGUUUACUGGAAGAUAUUAACAGUAUGUGCAUUGGCAACUUACUUGGUGUUUAAGAACCUCUGAAAUUGUCAUUGAUUAAUCUAAAAAUAAGCUCACAUAUAUAAUCAAAUGCCACAAUUUCAGACUUCUCAAUUCUGUAUAGUCCCACAAAGGAGUCGGAUGCUUAUGCCCACAUUUGUAUAAACAUAAUAAUCUAAACAUAGUGCUUAAAUAUAAUUCGUAAUAUUUCAAUAAUAAAUACAAGUACAAUCAUGGUUAACGUUUACGCGACCACAUAUCAACUGACUCUAAUUCUCACGUUCCUGAUUGUGUUCCACGCAGGGACAGUUUCGUGCAAGAACAAACUGUUUCAAAGAGUGUAUAAUGUUCCAGACACAGAGAAUAGUUGUCUUCUGUGGCGUGGUCCGGUUUCAAACCAGCUGCAUUGUGCUCAUGUUUGUGCAAGUGAUGAUCGGUGUGUUCUCUUUAAUCACGAUGGACACGGAACAUGUUCUACGUAUUGUGACAUUGGCACAGAGUUUCAAGUUUCAUCUGCAUACGUCUCCGUCACAGCGUUUUGUCCUACGCCUCCUCCGAUCGCCAACGGACAGGUGGUCUACGAUUCACUGAUGUGGAACAGCGGCGCUAACUACAGCUGUGACGAGAACUACUUCUUUGGACGCAGUAACUCGAGUGUGUGUCACGUGAAUGGGUCGUGGACCGGCUUCGCGGUUCUUGUGAGUCAAAUGCGUUACCGUUCCAUGGUGCUCUCCUUGAAGCAGUGCACGCUGGCUGGAUGGUUGAAAUCUUGGGCACGCCUCUCAAUGAAGCCCGAAUGACAGUCGAAUUGCGGUAUAACGGCAGUUACAGAGCGAUUCAAACUGAUGUUCGGUUCAAUUACAUGACACAUGUAAACAAAGUAAUCCGCAGCAUGUAUAACGAAAAUGGGUGGGUUCAUCAAGAAUCGACUCAAACGUAUUUCCCAUUCCAAGUAGGAAGACCGUUUAACCUCACACUGGUCCUGGAGACGUCUCGAAUUCAAAUCUACGUGGAUGGAGUGUUCUUCGUUAGCAGACUGUAUUACGGUGUUGACUUCACGCUGAUCAACGAGGUUACCAUCAUGAGGGGAGCCAUCGUUGACUUAGUUAAAAUAUAUAACUGACCUUAGGAAAGAAAGCUGCACUGUUUGUGACAGAAUUAUGUACUAAUAACACAUACCAACAAUAGAAUGAAACAAAUAAAGGUUGUUUCGUUUAACGACCCCACUAGAGCAUAUUGAUUGUCAAACAUAUGGUAAUUUUGAAAUAUAGUCUAAGAGAAGAAACUGGCUACAUUUCCCCAUUAGGUCAGGUCAGGUCGUAGUGCAAGGGAUACCAGCAGCCCGACCAGGGUCGGUAGCGGGCUGGGGCAAUUUUGUUGCUAUUGAAUUUAGAUUAUCCAUUAGGAUUAAAGUGAAAAGGAAAUAUAGCGCAGCUUUUAUGAAGAAACGUUUUUUUGAACGGUUCGUCGAAAGGUAAAAAGGGGAGUUAUUUGUUAGUUUUGAACUUAGUAUGCCGAUAGUAGCUUUUGUCCCAUUAGUAACAAGGAAUCGUUUAUAUGUACCAUCCCGGGGGUGUUGUGGGCGGCGAGACGUAGCCCAGUGGUAAUGCGCUUGCUU